CAACAAUAUCACAGGAUGCCUCCAAGAAUACAGCCGCCUUCAAAGGCAAUAGCGUCGAUCCUACGAUGUCGAAGACCACUCCGGAAUCAACGCCAGUAUGCCACCGCAGCAGCGAUUACACCCGCUGCCUCUCAUGAGCAGAUGACCGGAGGCUCACCAGCUAUCUCUCGAUUCCCUGCCACGCAACCGCCAUCUUACAAACCCCCCGAGUUCCGCAAAUCACAACUUCUCAGACAGUAUGCAUCGGUCCUGCGCUCCACGCCGCUCAUGCUCAUCUUCCAACACAACAACCUCAAGUCCACGGAGUGGAUUGGCAUAAGGCGCGAGCUCUCCCUCGCUCUGAAGAAGGUCGACCAGGCCAGGGUCGCGGCCGGAUUCCCGCCCGAGAACCUCGCCGACGCCAUCAAGCUCCAGACCAUCCAGACCGGCAUCUUCUCCUCCGCUCUCCGCAUCGUCGAGUAUUACAAGCCGGAAAAACAGCCCCAAGCUGAUCCAAACGGUGAUGGCUUGACGCACGUCCUUUCGAAAGCAGCGCACGAGGCCGUCUCCGCUACCAAGAAGGUUCAUCCCCUGGCCCCUCUCUUGUCCGGACCGCUUGUGCUCCUCACAUUCCCGACGGUCUCGCCGCAGCAUCUGAAAGCCGCGCUGUCGAUCCUGGCCCCCAGCGCGCCGCAGUUUCCCCCGCCCACGCGGAGAGCCAGUCCCGGGUGGCACGACCCGGGGGUCCAGGCUGGCAUCCAGAAGCUGUUGCUGCUGGGAGCUCGUGUGGAGGGGAAUGUGUUCGAUGUCGAGGGUACGAAGUGGGUUGGGAGUAUUGAGGGCGGGUUGGAAGGCUUACGGGGACAAUUGGUCGCUAUGUUACAGAGCAUUGGGGCUGGCGUUACGAAUACCCUGGAGAGCGCUGGGAAGAACUUAUAUUUCACUGUGGAGAGCAGACGGACGAUGUUAGAGGAUGAAGCAAAGGGAGGUUCAAGUGAAGGCUCGAAGAAAGAAAGCAAGGCCGAAUGAUCAUGUUUCAGCGGCCGUGUAUUCUAUGUGUAAAAUCCAAAUUCCAGAAUUGUAUAUCAUACAAAGCAUAAUCAUCUUAUCGUUGCUCUCGUUGCAUCGAUACUCGUCAAGUGCUGAUCUUCUUCUCCUUGAACUCCAGCAUAGCAUUCAUACCCACAAUACACCUUACCAAGUCCCAAUCGCCAUUAAG